AUGGGUGGUUCAGCUGAUGAAAAUCUUGAAACAAAAGACAUGAAUGUGAGAAGUUUGCCAUCUUCACAUGGCCAGGAACCAUAUGUCCACAAGGUUGGAAUUCCUCCGCGGCAAAACCUUUUCAAGGAAUUCCAAUCCACUGUAAAAGAAACGUUUUUCGCAGAUGAUCCUCUACGGUCCUUCAAGGAUCAGACUAAGUCCCGAAAGGUCAUCCUUGGCAUUGAAGCAAUUUUCCCCAUAGUUAGCUGGGGGAGAACCUAUAAUUUCACAAAACUUAGAGGGGAUCUUAUUGCUGGUCUAACUAUUGCAAGUCUCUGCAUUCCUCAGGACAUUGGAUAUGCAAAGCUUGCAAAUUUAGAUCCACAGUAUGGAUUGUACUCCAGCUUUAUUCCACCACUAAUUUAUGCUGUGAUGGGUAGUUCUCGUGACAUUGCAAUAGGACCAGUGGCUGUGGUUUCUCUCUUGUUGGGGACUUUACUUCAGAGUGAGAUUGAUCCCAUUGCAAAUCCACUAGAGUAUCGACGACUUGCUUUUACUGCCACUUUCUUCGCGGGGAUUACUCAAGCAACACUUGGGGUUUUAAGGUUAGGAUUUUUGAUUGAUUUCCUAUCUCAUGCUGCAAUUGUUGGUUUUAUGGGCGGAGCUGCCAUCACAAUUGCCCUUCAACAGCUUAAGGGCUUCCUUGGGAUUCAAAAGUUCACAAAGAAAACUGAUGUUAUCUCUGUGAUGCACUCAGUACUAUCAUCAGCCCAUCAUGGAUGGAAUUGGCAAACUAUAGUAAUUGGAGCUGCCUUUCUGCUUUUUCUUCUGUUUGCCAAGUUUAUUGGAAAGAAGAACCCGAGGUUCUUCUGGGUGCCAGCAAUUUCCCCGCUGAUAUCUGUUGUUCUCUCCACUCUUUUUGUAUACUUAACACGUGCUGACAAGCAUGGUGUUGCAAUUGUAAAACAUAUAGAUAAAGGCAUCAAUCCGUCAUCGGUGAAGGAAAUUUAUUUUACUGGUGAUUUCCUUGGGAAAGGUUUCAGAAUUGGCAUUGUGGCUGGCAUGAUAGCAUUGACUGAAGCCACAGCAAUUGGAAGAACAUUUGCUUCUAUGAAGGACUAUCAACUGGAUGGAAACAAAGAAAUGGUGGCAUUAGGUGCUAUGAAUGUUGUUGGUUCAUUGACUUCCUGUUAUGUGGCAACCGGUUCUUUCUCUAGGUCAGCAGUAAACUACAUGGCUGGCUGCGAAACGGCAGUAUCUAAUAUUGUCAUGUCUGUUGUUGUGUUCUUAACCUUGGAAUUCCUCACGCCUCUUUUCAAAUACACUCCAAAUGCCAUUCUUGCUUCAAUAAUCAUAUCUGCUGUCAUCAACCUUGUGGACUAUAAGGCAGCAAUUUUGAUAUGGAAGAUUGAUAAAUUUGACUUUGUUGCUUGCAUGGGAGCUUUUUUUGGGGUUGUUUUUGCCACAGUUGAGAUAGGACUUUUAAUUGCAGUCUCUAUAUCCUUUGCAAAGAUCCUAUUACAAGUCACAAGGCCACGAACUGCAAUUCUGGGGAAGAUCCCUAGGACUACUGUCUACAGAAACAUCCAACAAUACCCUGAAGCCACCAGGGUUCCUGGUGUACUGAUCAUUAGAGUUGAUUCUGCAAUAUAUUUUUCCAACUCCAACUAUGUUAAAGAAAGGAUAUUAAGAUGGCUGAUGGAUGAGGAAGAACAAGUGCAAGGAGACUACCAAACAAGAAUCCAAUUUUUGAUAGUUGAGAUGUCACCGGUCACCGACAUCGAUACAAGCGGCAUCCAUGCCCUUGAAGAGUUAUUUAGAAGUCUUCAGAAAAGAGAUGUUCAGCUUGUUCUGGCAAAUCCUGGGCCAAUAGUAAUAGACAAACUCCACACAUCAAACUUUGCUGCUUUGCUUGGUGAGGACAAGAUCUUCCUCACUGUUGCAGAGGCUGUUGCAUACUGUUCUCCAAAGCUGGCCGAGGACCCUUGA